AUCCGUUGACGGUUACUAAAACAACACCUGACAUCGACAGCUCGAGAACGUUAAAAAGCCUUCGACUGCUUUAAAAAAAAUAGCAAAUCAGUGCCAAAACAAAUAAUUGCGAAUCCAAUUGAAAUCUCUUUUGAAUUGUAAAUCAAUUGAAACUUAAGGAGCAAAAUGCAGUUCCAACUCUUCGUAGCCCCCCUCUUGAUCUGUUUUGUAGCAUGCAUCUCAGCUGGUAAUAUGCCCGACUACAUCCAGGUCUGCCAUCGCAAUGAACCCGAACUGUCAAAGUGCCUGAAGAGCAGUGUUCACAACUUGCGGCCUUAUCUGGCCAAGGGCAUUAAGGAAUUGAACGUACCGCCGCUAGAACCCCUCUACAUUGGAGAUCUUAGCAUUCUAGAUGGCUCCGCCGGACUCACGGUGAAGGCCAAAAAGCUGAACAUCCUGGGCGCCUCCAACUUUGAAAUAACCAAGCUGCGGGCUUCAACCCAAAACCGCCGCUUUGAUUUCGAGUUGAUUCUCCCUCAUCUCCAUGGAGAUGGUCUCUAUGAGAUCAACGGCAACAUUCUGGCACUGCCGAUUAAGGGCAAUGGACCAUUCACUGGAAACUUCACCAACUUUGUGGCUUAUGUGCGUGUCCAAUACGACAUUAAGAGCGUUAAUGAUCUGGAAUACCUGCAUGUCAAGGAAUUCGCCCUAAAAAUCCGCACUGGCAAGGGAAACCUGAAGCUGGAGAACCUCUUCAAUGGAGAUAAAGUUCUGGGCGAUGUCAUCAAUGACACGAUCAACCAAAACUUCGAGCUCUUCACCAACGACUUGAUUGCACCGAUUGCCCGCGCGCUGGAGGCAAAAUUUCUGGUCAUCACGACCAAAAUCCUGGAGAACUUCACCUACAGCGAGCUUUUCCCCGUUUAAUACUGUAGUCAACUGUAAUUAUGGUAAAUUUAAGCUUGUGAUACACUCGUUUUGUUAUAAUUAGUCCUUAAAUAAUCAAUAAACUUUAGCAAUUUAUGCAGACAGAUUCGAAA